UCCAACGGCGGGCGUCGCGCAAGUCAGUUGCAUUCACAGAAGAGAAGCUGGUAGUCGACGCCGACGGCAGCGUGACCAUGGUUGCCACACCGAACGACGAUACCAAGGACACAGCCAUGUCGCACACACCCCGUACGCCGCCUCUCUCCGCCGCGCUAGGGGCCUUUACUGAUGCCUCUUCAGCACCCGCCGACAGCGCGGCAGACGGCGCAGUCCCGGCCGCCGACUCCAACCCGGAUGGUCUCGAUCUCUCGCUCAUGAAGAAGAAGAAGAAAAAGGUCAAGAAGGAGGAGGAUGGCGAGGCUGCCGAGGGCGAAGCGGCGGCUGGUGGCGACGAAGCGAUCGACCUGUCGAUGAAGAAGAAAAAGAAAAAGAAGGUGACCAAAGAGGAGGAUGAAUUCGCCAAGAAGCUUGAGGCCCUGAAGCUCGAGGGCGGUGAGGGCGCCGAGGCUCCCGCCGACGAGAACGUGCAAGACGGCGAUAUGGACAAGGGCACGGGCAUUUGGCAGCACGACGAGACACGGACCAUUAACUACGACCCGCUGCUCUCGCGCUUCUUUGCCCUGCUGGCGCAGAAGAACCCCGAUCACGCCUCAAGCGGCACCCGCUCCUACAAGAUUCCCCCGCCCCAAUGUCUGCGCGAAGGCAACAAGAAGACCAUAUUUGCCAACCUCCCCGAGAUCUGCAAGCGCAUGAAGAGAGCCGAUGAGCACGUCACGGCGUACCUCUUUGCCGAGUUGGGUACCAGCGGGAGUGUGGCGGGAAGCGGGCAGCUGGUCAUCAAGGGCAGGUUCCAACAGAAGCAGAUCGAGAAUGUCCUGCGCACGUACAUUAUAGAAUAUGUGACGUGCAAGACGUGCCGGUCUCCCAACACAGAGCUGUCCAAGGGCGAGAACCGUCUUUACUUCAUUACUUGCAACUCGUGCGGUUCUCGCCGUUCAGUCCAGGCCAUCAAGACAGGUUUCUCUGCCCAGGUCGGAAAGAGAAGGAAGAUGCAGCAGGGUUAAGGUGCCUCUCACUUGGCUACAUUUCUUUCGUUUCUGUCCUUUGCUUCUCGAUUCCGUUCUCUUUAGAGGCUGGAGUUAGGCAGCACUGUUAGUCAUGUCUGUACUGCCUUUCUUGCACACUCUCAGCUCUCGGUGGAGGGCCCUGGGACAUGAUCGCUUGAUGUGUGACGACGGGCUUCAUAUGGGAUCUAGAGCGGGUGGUCAACCGGUUAUCUGGUAUGCUGCAGAAUGGCCGGGCAUAGGUUCAUCUGGCAUCGUGAGGAAGCAUCUAGGGGGUGUGAAAAAAGACGGAGCCGGUCGCAUUCUUGGGCGGCCGUGGCUGGGAGGGCGAGAGACAGGCUACACUGUAUUCGCCGCGCCUGGACAGAAUUGUAUCGUGGGACAGAUUGACA